GGAUCCUGCGGGAGCCUGCGGGAGCCUGCAGGACCCGGGUCUGGACAUGGCCCGGGCCAGCAGAGCCCCGAGCUCGCCGGGACAGGCUCGGCGGCCGCAGGAGCCACCGGGGCAGAGCAGGGCCGCUGCGAAGCACGCGCUGCGCACGGGCGAGGCGGGGCGGAGGCGAGCGGCGGCCGCGGAAGGCGGGCGCGCCCCCCCGGGCCGUGCCGCUCUCGGCAGCGGCGUGCUGCGGCCCCGGCCGGCGGAGUGCUGCCGGGCACGGGCGCGUGCAGGCGCGCAGCCAUCGGUCGUUGGAGGAUUCCCAGGUGCGUACCGAGGUAUUUCUGGACUCCC